GCGCUCGUUCCCUCGUAAGCUUUGUCGCUUCGUUAUAAAAAUCAAUAGCAUUAGUAAGUUCGUACAAACGAAUUAUACGAAUCUCUUUGUGUGCGUCGCCAGGCUUUCGGUGUGCGGGAAACAAAAAAAAACCACGAGCGAAAUUCUUGUAAUAAAAAUCAAUCGGAGCGGAGAGAGAAGGCGCCGCGCGGGGCGCCGACUGGUCGGGCGCCCGGACCACCCCCUGCCUCCUCCCUGCAUACCUACACGUGCUAUAAUGCACCUACCCUCCCUUCCGACUUUUUCUAUUCCCCAUUCGUACAGGUUAUACAAUAGAUACUUCCUCAAUUGGAAAUAUGAAUGAUAAUGUUUUUGAAAUUCCAAAGAAGUCUCAUAUCGUCAGAGAGUGGAGUAAGGAAUCCUAACCGAGCCUGGCAUGCAGCACGUUGGAGCGGCGGGCGCGAGAGGGACCCCGCUACAGCGCGGUGCGCGGCCGGUUCCCGGCAAAAAGGCGUUUGUUUUUAUUUCUUUGGCGCGGAAAAAAAUCAGCACGCGCCCGCCCUGCACCUCCUAAACAUGCGCCACGCAGCGACGCAGAGUCGGCCGGGUGUGUGCCGAAUUCACUUUCAUUUGCGACAUCUCAUCGUUUCCCGAAGGUCACCGUGCAGUCGCGGGUGUCGGGACAAGUCGCGGUGCAUGUGUGGCGCGGGCGAGUGCUUGCGGCGGCCACCGCUGACCGACUAGGAAAUGCCCGGCUACGGACUGUCUCAAGUGAAAUGCGAACCGCUCUCGGACGAAGAAGACAGCGACUCACAAUUCGCGCACAGUUAUCUAUCCAGUCAGGAACACCUACACCUCCCGGUUGAGCAGGGCAGCGGCUUGGAGGAGCUGGCCCCACUGGCGCCGGCCGCGCCCGCCGCCACGCCGGUCUGCGUGAAGCAGGAGCGCGCAGAAUCUCCGCCUGCUGCCACGCUGGAGACUCUUGAGUCUGCUCCUCAUAAUGCACAGAGCACAUCACUGCUGGAUCGUCACAUGGAAUUCAUGAACGUCAGCGAAGUUGCCGACUCUACUGACUUCAUGCCGCUACUGGCUGUCAAGGAUGAACCGUCUUCUGAAGGUGAACAACCGCACCUCAGUGGCGAAGACACGAGCGACUCAUGCGGUAGACAAGCCUCGCCCGCGCCCCGACACAGCCCGAAGAGUUGGACGCAGCAUGACAUGGAACGAGCACUCGAAGCCCUCAGAACACACCAGAUGAGCCUCACCAAGGCAUCAUCCACGUACGGCAUUCCGUCGACGACGCUGUGGCAGCGCGCGCACCGGCUCGGCAUCGACACGCCGAAGAAGGAAGGCGCCGCCAAGUCCUGGAGCGAGGCGGACCUGCGCGGAGCCCUGCAUGCGCUGAGGGCCGGCGCCAUCUCCGCUAAUAAAGCCAGUAAGGCGUAUGGUAUUCCCAGCAGCACACUGUACAAGAUAGCGCGUCGCGAGGGUAUCCGACUGUCAGCGCCCUUCAACGCAGCGCCCACCGCCUGGCGCCGCGCCGACCUGCAGCUCGCGCUCGCCGCCAUCCGCGCCGGCAGCAGCUCCGUGCAGCGAGCCGCCACCACAUACGGCAUACCCACUGGAACCCUGUAUGGGCGGUGUAAGAGGGAAGGCAUCGAGCUGUCCCGCUCCAACCCCACGCCAUGGUCUGAAGAUGCCAUGGGAGAAGCACUCGAGGCAGUACGUGUGGGCCAGAUGUCUAUCAACCAAGCGGCUAUUCACUACAACCUGCCUUACUCAUCACUCUACGGCAGAUUCAAGCGCUGCAAGUAUCAGAUGCAGGGUAUCCCUCAAACCCAGCAACCACAACAAGACCUUCAAAACCUGGAAGCGGAACAACCUCACGAGGUGCCACAAUACUACCACCAGCUACCACCACACCAGGAACCAGACCCACACACGUACACACACAUGCACGACUACACCCACACUCACGAACAGUACGGGCAGUACUACCAGGGCUUCAACAGUAUCGCCACCAGCUGAGGGUACGGCCCCACCUCAAAUAAUGAGGGGCUUUGAUAUUCAAACUUUUUACAAUUAAACUCGACGCCACACCCAAAUAGGUACUGGUUGCUAAAAAAAUAGUGGCGUCGAUUGUCAUUCAUGACUAUGUUUUUGAUUUUCAAAUGUUUUAAGUGCGUGGUUAGUGCUUUUAACCAUUCCGCCUACAAAGAGCGAGCGUUUCAACAAAAAUGUAACCGUGUCUAGAAUCUAAGGUGUCGCUUUCUUGUCUUCAGUAAGUGUAACUAUUUCUUUAUAAUAGCAUUUACUGAAGAGCCAUUUUGGCAAAAUUGACCAUCUAUUUUUACUAGUUUUACUUUUUAUAAAACGUAAUAACUUCAUUUGAAUACGAGUAGCGACAUCUAUUAGGAUAAGGUAGGAAACUGCUAGCAUACAUUAUAGAAAACUGCCAUUAAAAGUAAAUACGUAAUUAGCGAAUAAGUUUUAAUAUUUAAAUAUACAAUUAUACAAAAUUUCUUGCUAUAAUACCCUUAUAAAAUUGAUUAUUCUGGUUAGAAACCUACAAAAACUAUUUGAAAAUAUUUAUUUUGUUGUCUGUAA